AUGUCUCGUUUUUUUGCGGCUUCCUAUGAGUACGAUAGUGCUAGUUCAUCUUCAGAAGAAGAUUUAUUGUCUUCUUCUGAAGAAGAGUUAUUAAGUUCAUCUUCAUUAUCUGAGGAAGAGUCUGAUGAUUCUUUCUUCAAUGAUUCUGAAUCUGAAUCUGAUUUUGAUUCUGAUGAUUCUGAUGCAAAGCCAUACGGUCCUGAUUGGUUUAAGAAACAAGAAUUUAGAAGAGGUGGUGGUGGUGGCAAUAAGUUCUUGAAAGGAGCUAGUUAUUCUGAUUCUGAUGAAUCAGAUGAAGCCUCUAAGAAGGUUGUCAAGUCUGCAAAGGAGAAAUUGUUGGAUGAAAUGCAAACCUCUAGCGGUAAAAUUGAUGCUGCUGAAUUGACUAAUGACUGGAUUACAAUUUUGAAUGAAUUCGAUAGUGUUACUCGUUUGUUGACAAGAGCUCAGCAACAAAACUUUGGUACUCCAAAUAUUUUUGUCAAGGUCGUUGCUCAAGUCGAAGAUGCAGUUGCUGCUUCUCAAGAAGAAAUUAACAACAAAGCCGUUGCUAAAGCUUUUAACACAGCUAAACAAAGAGUUAAGAAAAUAUCAAGAGAACAUCAAACUUUAUUGGCUAAAUACAGAGAAGAUCCAGAAAGCUUUGAAAAGGAAACUAGUGUCGAGGUUGAUGCUACCCCUGAAUUAGCUCAAUUCGCUGUCGGUAAAAAAACAACAGAUUUAUCCUCUAUUGCUACAACUUCUUCUGAAACAGGUUUCUUCCCAGCUUUAAGUAUUGUUUUAGACUCUAGAGGUAAGAAGAAUAUUGAUCAGCAAGCUUUGGCGCAAUCUAUGGAUGAUUUGUUGCAAACUACAAAGACUCCAUAUGAAAAGAUUAUCGCUUACUUAACUUUGAUUCCAAUUAGAUUGGAUAGUUCAACCAACUUAUCAUACCAACCAAUAGAUCAAUGGAAAGCCACAUACAAUGAUGUUUCUAGUUUGUUGUCUAUCUUGGAUGAAAAUAUCAACACUUACCAAGUUUCUGAAUUAGCUCCAUUUAACGAUUCUCUCGAAAAUGAGCCAGAAGCUAACGAAAAAGGUGUCAAAACUAUUUUGGGUUCUAUUCUAUCCUUUGUCGAUAGAUUGGAUGAUGAAUUCACCAAAUCUUUGUUGAACACUGAUCCACACUCCAGUGAUUAUUUGAUACGUUUAAGGGAUGAACAAGCAAUUUACAACUUGAUUUUGAGAACCCAGUUAUACUUGGAAGCUACCUUACCAGAAGAUAGACAAAUUGACUUAUUAUCUCGUAUCUUUGUAAGAAGAUUGAACCACAUAUACUACAAGUCUAACGAAUUAAUUAGAAUUAUGGAAGUCGCCGCUUGGAAGGUUGCUCCAUCAUCCUACACUUCUAAAUUGACCCCAUAUGAUGGAGCUGUUUCUGACUCUUACUUAUCUGGUGUUAUUAGCACUUUGACUGAUGCUUUGAGCAAGCAACAAAACCAAAGCUUGCGUAAACGUGCUGUUUUAUAUAAUGUUUACUACACUGCUUUGAACAAAGAAUUCCAAGUUGCUAAGGAUAUGCUAAUUGAAUCUAAGGUUCAAUCAUUUAUCAACAAAUCUGAUCCAUCUCUACAGAUUUUAUUCAACAGAGUUGUCGUGCAGUUAGGUUUAUCUGCCUUCAAAUUAUGUCUGAUUGAAGAAUGUCACCAAAUCUUAAAUGACUUACUAGCAAGUUCUCAUUUGAGAGAAAUUUUGGGUCAACAAACUUUGCAAAGAGUUACUGCUCAUUCUAAUUCCUCUAAUGCUGAUGAACGUGAAAAGUUGUGUUUGCCAUUCCAUGAACACAUUAACUUGGAUUUGAUAGAUGUUGUUUUCAUGACUUGUUCUCUAUUGAUUGAAAUUCCACAAAUGACAGCAUUUUACUCUGGUAUUAAAAUUAAGAAGAUUCCAUAUUCUCAAAAAUCUAUUCGUCGUGCUUUAGAACACUACGAAAAAUCCAGUUUCCAAGGUCCACCAGAAACUUUGAGAGAUUAUAUUUUGCACUCUGCUAAAGAAAUGCAAAAGGGUAACUGGAAAAAAUCAUUUGAACUUUUGAAAUCUAUACAAGCAUGGGCUUUACUACCUAAUUCAGCUUCUGUUUUAGAUAACUUAGCUGAAAGGCUUCAAGUAGAGUCAUUGAAAACUUACUUUUUUACCAAUAAAAGAUUUUACUCUAAAUUAUCUAUGAAAAAGUUAUCAGAUUUAUUCAACUUACCAGAAGAUAAGAUAGUAGAAUCUUUGCAAGCUGUUAUUACCGAAUACGAAAUUGAUGCUUCCUUCAAUGAAGAUAAAUCUGUUUUGUCUAUUGCAAAGGGUGCCGAAAUUACCAAAUUAGAAGAAGUUGCUUCCAAAUUGAACAAAGAAGUUAAGAUAACAAAGGAACGUCUACACCCAUCCCGCGGUCGUCGUUAA